UCACUCGCAGUUCCGUCCACAUCAUCUCUCCUCUUUUCUCGACCCUGCGCGGUGCGCUGCAUCAGCGUGGAGUCACUAUACCUAGCAGCAUCAGAGCUCGGCGAGGAGGAGAGGAUUUCGCGAAAACACCGUAAUCUAAAACGUGGCCGCUCAGUCGUAGCGGCGCAUCUCUCGCUAGUACAACCUAUACAAUCAUAUUCUUAUCGGUAUAUCUCAUAUUAUCCCCCCUUGUCGCCGUCGCCACGAUCGUCCCGUUCUCUGGGACUGGUCUUCCCUCUCUCUCUCUCUCUCUCUCUCUCUCUCUCUCUCUCUCACACACACUCGUCAGAGUCUCUCCCAACGUCACGCACACAAACACGGAGAGAGCGAAACAGACACCGUGUCCGUGUACGAAUUUGCAAGCACACGUAUAAUGUAGCGCGACGACGUCGUCUCGGGACUAAACUCUCCAGUACAUAUAUACAGUUUACAGUGCUCGUUCAGUAUAUCUAGUACCUCUCCUCGGGAUGUGCGUGUAUUCCUAUAAGUAAUAGAAUAGCCAGAGUGAUAUAUCUAUCUCCAGUGGGACGGAAUAUAGAAUUCAAUCAAUGGUGAUCGACGACGAGGCGGCGCCCAGCUGUGCAACGACUUAGUCUCUCGUCCUUUUACCACUUAUUCCUCCGCCGCACAUUCUUGCCUGGUCAUAUUGAGAUACGGUCUCUCUGCACAGUUAUGUCAAGGAGGAGAUAAGCUAUACGGACGCAGACGGGGCAGCGGCAUGACGACGUGCGGACCUCGACUGUCAACAGUUAUGGUGCUGCUGAAUCAGAAUCAUUGGCAAGGUUAUUACUAACGAAACGGCAUGCAUACAAGUCUAGCUACUACCAACUCUAGCGUGGAAUGAACGAGGAAGAAUUAUUAAAGCGGUCUGCUGCAGAACGGGAUAGAAUAUUCAGCUGCUAUGACCGUGGUAGGGAAAAUGGAGCUGAGAUUGAUCCUUGGGAGGAUCCUGCCUACGAGGUGUACCAUACCACAGACAGAUAUGGAUUCAUACAUGAUAAACGGUUACCACAGAAAAUGGACCAGAAUGAAAUCAAAUCCCACCAUGUUGAAAUGGAGAGGGUAAAGAAGUGGGAAAAGAUGACAAAGCAAUGGGAAUCCCCAGCUACUAAGGAAAAAUUAAGGCGUAGAAUUUAUAAGGGUAUACCGGAUAGGUUUCGUGGUCAAGUUUGGGUUCUUCUCUUAGGUAUUACAAAGUUAAAAAGUGAACAAGCUGGUAAAUAUGAAGAAAUGUUAGCUCUUGCCCGUCAAUGGUCUACUGAAAUUAGACAAAUCGAUGCUGAUGUUGCUAGACAAUACAGAGAUCACAUUAAUUAUAGGGAGAGGUAUAGUCUUAAACAAAGAUCCAUGUUCUAUGUCUUGGCAGCCUAUAGUAUGUAUAAUAUGGAAGUUGGAUAUUGCCAAGGCAUGUCUGUGCUGGCUGGAUUACUCUUGUUAUAUAUGGAUGAGGAAGAAGCAUUUUGGGGAUUGUCUGUGCUACUCACAGAUAAGAAGUACAGUAUGCAUGGAUUUUAUGUAGAUGGUUUUCCAAAGUUAAAUCGCUAUAUAGAGCACCAUGACAAAAUAAUGGGUAAGUUCCUUCCAAAACUGAAGCGAAAACUGGAUAAGUGCGGCUGUGACUCCAUACUUUAUGCAUUAAAGUGGUUUUUCGUCGUAUUUCAAGAAAGAACACCAGUUAGUCUUGGUCUUCGCAUAUGGGACAUAUUCCUGUUGGAUGGAGACCGGGUACUGCCUGCGAUAGCGUACACGGUUAUGAAGAUGCACAAACGCCAAUUGAUGACAAUGGAGAGCCUCGACGAGUUCUGCAACUAUCUGCAGAUAAAGCUUGAGAAGGACUUUGGCUACGACGAUGAUACGGUCAUCAAUACUGUCGAGCGCAGUAUGGAUGAGCUCAAACGCGCAAAGCUCGAUUACCCAGGACCACCACAGCCCCACGAGUUACCUCGCCAGCCCUUUGGCACGUUCAAAGAGCCUACGUUUACGAGCAAGGUGGGCAGAAGGGCAGACGAAUUCAGCGAAGCCCAGCAAUUGAUGCGUGAAUCUGUGGUACAGCGACGCCAGACCGUGGUGAUCGAAGAGGAGAACCGCGAGAACAGCGCUACGCCCACGGAGCUCGCCGCGAUGGGCAACAAUUGUGUCGGCAAUAACAGCCUCGGCGGAAGCAAGUUCUCCUUCGACCCGAGCCUCGCGGAUGGCUGCUGUGCCUCGCCGCAUGGUUCUCGUCGCUCUUUGGCCGACACCUCGGUCACCUCAACGGCCGACCUAUCGGUCUUCAGUUCGGCGACUCGCAGCCAAGCCCUCGACAACAGCCUGGAUACCCAGUCCAACGUCAGUGUCGGCUCGUCCGGCAGCGGUGGUCUGCCCACGCCUCGACCCUCGUCUCACCAGCCAUCCCCAGACGUCGUCCGGAUCUACGUGCCCUAUGGGCUUCCAAACGCCAGCGGAGGUGGACUGAGCCUGACGCCGACGGGAACCUACAAAGACGAUCUGCCAAGGACGUUGCCGAGGUCGCUGGAAACCAACAAGAUAAGGAUCAAGGUGCAGGACCCUGACCAGACGCCCAUCGUCGAGACCCUCAAGCCAUUUACACUGGACAGUCCCGAGAUCGAGCUUGAUAUCAAGUAGGAGGGGAUGAUGGGCUGAUGAGGCUCUUCAGAUAGAGAGGGUUGUGCGGGUUAAAGAGAACUGAUUGAUAAGUAUACUUUCAAAUUAAUUAAUGUAUAUUAGAACGAGAAAAAGUCAAUGCCUGAAUUAAUACUCAAAAGAAAAAAUAGGUUCAUUAGACGUCUCGAAUCCGCGCAAUCCUGAAACCCCGCGAAGCGUAGUAUUUUUUGUAACGUGUUUCGUUCAAGAGCUAUUACUUAUACAGUCUAACCUUUUUUCAUUGCACGUUAAAGUUCGUGGCGUACAAGUCAUCAGAGUCUUCCACUCGUUUCUGCACUUAUAACACUAAACGAUCAAUUUGAUUGGGUUGUGAACAGUGUCGCAGCUUUUAGACGAGCAAUGAAUAAUAGGUAAUUCGACACCAAGAUCAGUAUAGGUAUUUUCGCUCGAAAAAUAAAACGCUGCUCCAUAUAGCUUCAGCGGAACACCUGUUAUGCGUCGAUACAUUUAUUCUUGCUAAUUUAUUUGAAUGGCUUACACUAUUCUGACAGAUUUAUGCUCAUCCCGAAAUCUGUGAUACACGCAAUAAUAAUAACAAAGCGGUGGGGGUGGCCAAUCCGGGCGAGAAAAACGACCCCUCGCCGAAAUAAAUUUGUUUUAGCUUUAAAAAAAGAUCGUGGGUACGGACGGCUGAUUUGCUGGAAUGGCAGUGGUUAUUAAAAUAGGUUACGAAAAUAAAUGUGUCAGGCAGGAAUUUUUCUGUGUACUCUUUAUAUACUAUAUUGUUUUCUGUAAAGAUUAUUUGCAAUUCAUGUACCACGUAGUAGAGAUUUGUGUGAACUCGUAUUUUUGUUUUUGUGAAUUAGUUGUUUAGAAUUUAGUCUGACAAUGUGAAUAUUCAUGAUUCUGAUAAGAAUUGAGGAAAUUCCGAUUGACAUUUUUUUAUUGAAAUAUGUAUGUAUAGUUAACUCGAUCAUUCAAAAUGAUUUCAAAAUUUAGCAUUCUAAGAUGUGUAUAAGUAACGAGAGCAAGGCGAUUGUACAGACGUUGAAUUUUGAGCUGCACUAAGAAACACCAAAUUUUGUACUUCCUAGAAUCCUAUUUCACCGGAACUGAAAUUAUUCUUGACCGUCCGAAGCUUGUAUGACUACUUAUAUAGUCUGUCCAGUGUAUACAAACUUUUGAAUGGUAUAGAAAAAUUUCCGUGAAAAUACGAUCAGAAAGGUACAAGAAGACAAUUCUUAGUCCAGAUAUGUCGAGAGAGAACGUUCGCGCAAUUUUAUUAGAUUAGAAAUGCGAUAGUUAUUUUUGUAUUGAAAAGUAAAAAAAAAAUAACGAAAAGCAGAUGCACGUAAAAGAUCGUUAAUUCCAAAUUAAAGAUGUACUCGGGAAUUGAAAAUUUGUAAAUUCCUAAUCAGAGGAAAAACGUCUAUGUCGAAUGACGAAAAAUUCAAAAUCGCAGAGAUAUUAUAAAUAGCACGUUACUUUGUGUGCGUAAGAGAUUUGAUUUAAAAAAUAAUAAAAAACAGAAUGCUAACUUAACGACAGACAUGGGCAGAGCUUAAAUACGCACAGAGAAAAUAUAAUGUAACAUGGGAUUUGACAACUAAGGGUGAUUCUAUAAUCUCAAUUCGCAUUUACGUUACUUUUCUUCUCUCGAUGCAGCUCUUAUCGUAGUAGCAAUGUAGUCAGCAAUGGAUAAAUAUAUCGACUAGAUUACAGUAGUUCGAUAAACUAAUUUUUGUAUUUAAACGACAAAAGCUAAUUUUUGUAUGCAAGUGAUUGAAGGAUUAUUUUAGUGAUGUCUUAAUAUAAGUAAAUUCUCACAUGUAUCGCGUAAAUACAUCACUUGUAUUCGUGAAAUCGGUUAAAACUGUAAUUGUAUUCCAUUAAUAUGAUUAAUUUUUACUAACAUUUUUGGCAAAUAAGUAUUUUUUGCGCUGUCAAAAAAGGUGAUCGGAUUAAUAUUAAUCAAAGUUAUUUAAAAAUUUUGAAAGCCCACGAUAAACUAUUUUUUCCUCUAGGAUAUACGAUAUUGAUAUAUAAAAAGUAUAGUUAUUUAUUUAUGACAAUCGAGAACAAGACGUUUCGUUUGAAAAUAUUAUAACUUAAUGAAAUGAGGGCAUAUCUCAUGAUAUUUUUUCUACACAUUUAUAUAUGUAUAUUAUUGUAUUUAAUGUGUAAGGCAUGUGUUCAGUAUUUUACUAUUAUUUUUAUUACCAUUAUUAUUAUUACUAUUAUCAUCGAAUACUGAUGUAUAUAAUAUAUUGAUUGAUUUAAGAGUGCUCCACGAUUAUUUCGGAAGUCAGAAUCGAGUGCAGCGCUUUGUGGACAAAAUAUGCAAAAUAUUGAAAAAUGAGUUACAUUAAGCCGGAUAACUAUAGGACAAGGGUCCCCUUCCCCUAACGCUGAGUGAAAAUAAGCGCGCUCUACUGGCGUAUACUAAAAUUAAAAGCCGAAAAAAUUCUUUCUGAUUUUGCUUGACAGAUUGUAGUUUUUAGAAUAAUUAUACUAAUCGGAAUUGAGUUUUAAUCGAUUCAUUAUUUCAUACUACCCUUGGGGAAACUUCGUUUUAGCUUGAAUUUUUACAUAACUAGUCCUAAUAAAUCGUUUUCUCUGAGUAACUCACAAACAGCUUAUUUUAUGCCGAACAGACGACAAUUGAGGUCUCAUUUUCUUUCUAUUUUUUAACAAACUUGUAAAUUGAUGAACACUAUAAGGAGAGUUUCCCCACGUGAACAACGGCUUAAACUUUUGUUUCCAAACUUUUUGGUUUAUCUCAAUCAUAUUAUAAACCCGUA